GGCCUGAUAGCUCUGGAGCUUUUUCGUUUUGAUCACUAUUGAAUCAGUCUUUACAAAAGUACUGUGAAUCUUGUGGCCUCAUUCUGAACAAAAGGGAUUAGGAAAAAAUCCUUUGAUAAUAAGACUUUGGAAAGCAAGGGCAGGCAAUUUUGGUUGUGAAUAUUUUUUGAUUUUUCCAGAAAUCAAGCAGAAGAUUGAGCUGCUGAUGUCAGUUAACUCUGAGAAGUCGUCCUCUUCAGAAAGGCCAGAGCCUCAACAGAAAGCUCCAUCUGCACCACCGCCUCCACCUCCGCCCCCACCUCCGCCUCUGCCAGAGCCAGCACCACCAGAACCAGAGGAGGAGAUUCUGGGAUCUGAUGAUGAGGAGCAAGAAGACCCUGCAGAUUAUUGCAAAGGUGGCUAUCAUCCAGUGAAAAUUGGAGAUCUUUUCAAUGGCCGGUAUCAUGUAAUUAGGAAGCUAGGAUGGGGACACUUCUCUACAGUUUGGCUAUGCUGGGAUAUGCAGGGGAAGAGGUUUGUUGCAAUGAAAGUUGUAAAAAGUGCCCAGCAUUAUACAGAGACAGCCUUGGAUGAAAUUAAGUUGCUCAGAUGUGUUCGUGAAAGUGAUCCUAACGAUCCAAACAAAGACAUGGUUGUUCAGUUAAUUGAUGACUUCAAAAUUUCAGGGAUGAAUGGAAUACAUGUCUGUAUGGUCUUUGAAGUUCUUGGACAUCAUCUCUUAAAAUGGAUAAUCAAGUCCAACUAUCAAGGCCUUCCUAUCCGUUGCGUAAAAAGUAUAAUUCGACAGGUCCUUCAGGGUUUAGAUUAUCUACAUAGCAAAUGCAAGAUCAUCCAUACAGAUAUAAAACCAGAAAAUAUCCUGAUGUGUGUGGAUGAUGCUUAUGUGCGUAGAAUGGCUGCUGAAGCUACAGAGUGGCAGAAAGCUGGUGCUCCUCCUCCUUCUGGCUCAGCAGUGAGUACUGCCCCACAACAAAAGCCUGUUGGGAAAAUAUCUAAAAACAAAAAGAAAAAACUGAAAAAAAAACAGAAGAGGCAAGCUGAGCUACUAGAGAAACGCCUGCAGGAAAUAGAAGAACUGGAGCGGGAAGCUGAAAGGAAAAAAAUAGAAGAAAAUGUAACCUCAGCUAUGCCAUCAAAUGAGCAAGAAGAUGAGUACCACCUAGAGGUCAAGCUAAAAACAGCUGAUUUAGAAGAGGUAGCAGAUGAAGAGCCUGGGAAUGAUGAUGGUGAAGCAGAAGAUCAGGAGGAAAAAGAAGACACAGAAAAAGAAAACACUGAGAAAGAUGAUGAUGUUGAACAGGAACUUGUCAACACAGACCCUACAUGGAUAGAAUCCCCCAAAACAAAUGGCCAUAUUGUAAAUGGCCCAUUCUUAUUGGAACAACAGGUUGAAGAUGAAGAUGAGGAAGAGGAAGACUGCCCAAACCCUGAGGAGUAUAACUUCAAUGAGCCAAAUGCAAAAAGUGAUUAUUCUUAUAGUAGCUCCUAUGAACAAUUUAAUGGUGAAUUGCCAAAUGGACGUCAUAAAAUUUCUGAGUCACAGUUCUCUGAAUUUUCAGCUUCAGUGUUCUCUGGAGCUUUAGAAUCUGUAGCUUGUGGUUCAGCUGUUUCUGAGGGAUCAUCUGUAACUGAAAGAGACCAGAGCAGCCCAUCUCAGGAUAGGAGCAGAACAGUUUCAGCAUCUAGUACUGGAGAUUUGCCAAAAACAAAAACCCGUGCUGCGGACUUAUUGGUGAAUCCCCUGGAUCCAAGAAAUGCAGAUAAAAUUAGAGUUAAAAUUGCUGAUCUGGGAAAUGCAUGCUGGGUGCAUAAACACUUCACUGAAGACAUCCAGACAAGACAGUAUAGAUCCAUAGAGGUUUUAAUAGGAGCAGGUUACAGUACACCUGCUGAUAUCUGGAGUACAGCCUGUAUGCAGCCAGAAAUCCAUGGGAUACAGGGCUUCAGUGUUGCCAAUUACAGACAAACUAAUAUGGCAUUUGAGCUUGCAACUGGAGAUUAUUUGUUUGAACCACAUUCUGGUGAAGACUAUUCCAGGGAUGAGGACCACAUAGCACACAUCAUAGAGCUGCUAGGCAAUAUCCCAAGGCACUUUGCUCUAUCUGGAAAAUAUUCUCGAGAAUUCUUCAAUCGCAGAGAUCACAUAGCAUUGAUCAUUGAACUGCUGGGAAAAAUCCCUCGAAAAUACGCUAUGUUGGGGAAAUAUUCCAAGGAGUUUUUCACCAAAAAAGGAGAACUCCGUCACAUUACCAAGCUAAAACCUUGGAGCCUCUUUGAUGUGCUUGUGGAAAAAUAUGGUUGGCCUCAUGAAGAUGCUGCACAGUUCACAGAUUUCCUGAUCCCCAUGCUAGAAAUGGUUCCAGAAAAACGAGCUUCAGCUGGAGAAUGCCUUAGGCAUCCAUGGUUGAAUUCUUAGCAGAAUCUUCAAAUGUAACAUUGAACCAGCAACCACUUCCAGUGCAUCGGACCUAAAUGGUGACUGUCACAAAUUCUUUAACAGGAUCACAAGUGAGCUGGCUUCAUCCUCAGACCUUUAUUUUGCUUUGAGGUACUGUUUGACAUUUUGCUUUUUGUGCACUGUAUUCUUGGGGAAGGGUAGUCUUGUCUUCAGCUGGUAGUUUACUGACCCACUUUCUUCAGAAAACACUUAACGUGUCUUUAAGCAUCAUUUCUUGUGUUGUGUGGCAUUUCAAAUGUCAAACUUUUGAACAAACUAUCCUCCCCACUCCUCUGUGUUUUGGCAGGUUUUGUAACUAUUUAUGAUGAAAUAUUUUAGCUUAGUAUUAUAUAAUUUGCAAGUUUGACAUUAUCAAGUCAGAACUGAGAAAUGGCAAGGAAUUGUACAAUUUUAUUUUCUGACAAAGGGACAUCAUUCUUGUAUUAUAGUGUAUGUAAAUGCACCCUGUAAAUGUUUAUUUCCAUUUAAAUAUGGGAUGGGGACUCGGAUUUCAGAGUAAAGCUACUGAGUUUAAAGAGCUUUGUAGCAUACAAAUUGCAUGUAGCAGACCAAGCUGCUUUAAGGAUUUGUGUAAACUUUCCAUUUUGUAGAAGUUCCUGUACAUUAGAUUAUAAACAAAGUGGCUCUGGUUUACAAGACUUCAUUCCACAAAUGGCACUUUAAAGGAAGGCUAGACUUCUUUCUAAUGAUAAAGUAUGCAUUAUCAUUUAGCACUCCCUUUUAGAAUUUUUGACUAUUUUAAGUGCUUUUAAGGAGAAAAUAGCAAUUUCCCUUAUAAUGUGAUAGUGAAGACAUGGUACCAUAUGGUGUUGCCUUUUUAUAAGCACUGUAAUUUGUACUAUACCCAAAAGAUUAAAAGUUAGCAUGAGAAAUAUUCUGUCUAGGAUUACUGAUAAUAUGUGCUUGGGAUACAAAAAGUAUCAACCAAAAAGCAAAUAUAAUUUAGAGGACAAAAUAAUUAAACUUAUGAAACAGCUCAUGUUCAUUCCAUUCAUAGCUUUAUAUGCUCCUAAAACAAAUUGCACUGGCUUCCCCCACCCAUGAAUUGACAUAGAUAGCAAUUAGUUUGCCCUUUGUAAGUUGCACUCAAAAUUGUAAAUGUUUGAGUCUAUUUAGCUUAUUCACCCCCUCCAAAGUCAUAGGCAAUACAGAUUUUAGAAUGUAAAAUAUGGAGGUGUAUUUUGCCCUCUUUUAGAAGUCAGUGGGAUGAAUGUAAGUUUAUUUCUGGUUUUACAUAAUUAUGGUGCCACUUUUUUGACUGUCCGUUUUAAAUUUAUUCACAUGCCUUUGCAAUAACUAGACUGUGAGAAGAUAGCUCUGUGUUGUAACAAUAACCAAUUGUUUGAGGUGCUUGCAGUUGUCUAAUUAAAAGUGUUUUGUUUUUUCAGACAUUGUGCUGGUCAUUCAAAUGCUUGAUAAUGGUAAAUCCAACUGUUCGAUAGUCACAUUUCUCAGUAGGUUUUUCAGCCUAGCAUACUGGAAAUGCCAGUUAACAAUUCUUUUUGUAAAAUUUCUGUAUACUUGCUGAAAAUAUUUUACUUAAUACAUUAGAGCUAAAAUUGCACCUGCAACCGUUAACUCAUUGCUUGUUCAGACUCAGAAAUGGUAUUCCACAGAGUUUGUUUAAGUUAAAGUAACCUUUGCUUGCUUUUUGCCCUUCUGUGUAUACCUCCAAUAAUUAAAAAUGAAGAUUAUUUAAAACCUAUUGCUAGAGUACAACACAAAAUGCUAUUCAAGAGACUUUCAGCCACAUUUGUCACUGCUAACAUUUGGGUUUCAGAACACUGGCAGCCACCUACUUAAGGACUUCGUAUUGGAAAGCUUUUUUUU